UGGUGGAGAACGUAAUUUAAUCCGUAGACAAACAUUUAAAUCUAUGGUCAAUAGAUUUGAAAGAAUUUCGCUCAGCGGAUCUUCCUAUCAAGAAUAAUUAAAUUAAGUGAAAUUAAUUUUUAAAUAACAAUGGCUGAAUCCGGAUCAAUUCAAGAAGGAUUUUUGUGUCCUAUCUGUCACAAAGACCUUCGUUCUCCUCAAAAACUCAUUUCCCAUUUUCAGGACUUGCAUUCUGAAGAACAGGACAUCUUGAAAUCUAUUAGAGAAUUUUAUGGAAAAGCCAAAAAAAAAAUUCUCAAAUUAGACGAGCAAGAUUUAGAAACCUUCAAGAAUGUUCUUUCUUUGGAAAAUCUCUACAUAGAAUUCAGUGAGCCACAAGUGCCAGGUUGCUGCACCUCACAUAUUGAAUUAUUUAAAGAAAUUCGACGUGAGAGGUUGGAUCAUCAAACUGCUGAAACAAAUAAAUUGAUUAUACGCUUGGAUAAAUUAUUAAGAUUAGAUGGAACUGAUAGAAAGCAGCAAGAACAAAUUUUGGUAGCUUGGUUAGAUGGGGCAACAGUGAAUAGAUGUCCAUCUUGUGCAGCUAGUUUUAACAUUGCUAGAAGACAGCAUCACUGUAGAUUAUGUGGAAGCAUAAUGUGCAAUGAUUGUUCUACAUUCCUUCCUUUUGAAAGGGCACAGAGUAUUGUGGCACCAGUGCAGAAUUUAGGUGGUGGUAACAAUGAGGGUAUUAAAGUAAGAGACAAUGAGCAGUUCAGGAUAUGUUAUCAUUGUUCGACUAUGCUAGAGAGAAGGAGAAUUGUGCAGGCUGAGCAAAUGAUGCAACCGAUAAUAUCCCAGCUUUAUGCCCAUCUCCAGAAAAUGAAGUCUCAAGUUCAAUCAAUGGUUGACCUAUAUAACAAGAUGUACGCGUCUCUGACCAGUGGAGAGGCUACAUUCCAACUACAAGACGCCCAGUCUUUGAAAGCAUCUAUUGGUUCUAAAGCAGAAAUCAUUGACACAAUCAGCAAAAAAAUCGCUAGUUUACCUGUAGAAGAGUUGAAUCCCAAAGUACAAGCUCUCCAAAAUAGCAUUCGCAGAGCAACUUCUAAUUACAUAAAAGAUUAUCUCCUUACAUUACCGCCUCUUCCUUCUGUUCAAGAGAUAGCAGCUAUCAAAGAAAAUCGUUCAUUGAAAUUAUCAGAGGAUGAUAUACAAGAUGACGCUAAAAUGAAAAUAAAGAAGGUUACAGUUACUACAGGGUGGUCACCGUCUAGUUUUGAUAGUUCUGCGAAAAGUGAAGAAGAUCCGUUGAUAGAACAAAUUAACAUUGUGAGAGAUUAUAUAGCCCAAGCUAGAAAGGCGCAAAGAUUCGAGGAAGUUGCAUCCCUUGAAGAAAAUUUAAAAAUGUUGAAGGAAGCUUAUAGGAAAAAUCAGUCACCAAAACAAGAACCAAAGAAGUUAUAACGGAAAUUAUAUAUGUAUUAUUUGAAUUAUAUUUAUUAUGUAUAUCAUGACAUUAAAUAUAAGUUUUAUACGUAAA